AUGAUCGUUGUUGAUGGAUGUUAUUGCGAACGAUACAUUUGCACGUCAAGCUUGAAGCUAAGCGGAGGGGAGAUACAGGUGGUGGAUAUCAUGUCUCGGCAGUUUGCGAACGAAGACCGAGAGCUCAAGGACAAGCUCUUGCGGAAAUACAGUGGUUAUAUUAGCACUCUCAAGCAUGAGUUCUCUAAGAAGAAGAAGAAGGGAAAGCUACCAAAAGAAGCAAGGCAAAUACUGCUUGAUUGGUGGACUCUUCACUACAAAUGGCCAUACCCAACGGAAGGGGACAAGGCUGCAUUGUCUGAGUUGACGGGGUUGGAUCAGAAGCAGAUAAACAACUGGUUUAUUAAUCAAAGGAAACGCCAUUGGACGCCACCAGAGAACAUGCAAGUUGCCAUAAUGGAAGCCCACUCUCUUUAUGGGUCGUUCUGCCAUGAAUAAUAAUAGUAUAUAAGAUAAUGGUUUGUUUGAUCAGGUGGGAUAAUGUGAAUCUGAUCCCAUUCUUUUAUUUAGCAUCUGUAUAUAUACCUUUUAAAACUGUAAUCUUU